GACUCUCUCUAAUUCCAUCUAACAGGUCCUGUUUUGACUGAUAGCUCACAGUGCCUCGUGCCCUCCCCCACCCUUCAACCCAGAGAAGACAGUCAAAGGCACAGCAGCCGCUUCCAAACUUACCGCCCUCAUGGCUUGAAAGUAUCUGACAGAUUGGAGGGGGCUUCUUCUGUUUGUGGUGAGGAAGAGGAAGAAGAGGAGGAGCAGGAGGAGGAAGAGGAGGAGGGCUGAGGUGUGAGUGAAUGCAGCCAUGGCCUGUACACCCUGUCCUUAGAGGAGCUGCUGAGUGGAAGAAAGAUCAAAGACAGCAGAGACGACCAACAGGAUGAAACUGUGGGGAAGGUCAGCUUGGCCUUUGCAGGUGGCCUUGCUCGUUGCCUUGGCGAUGCUCUGCGUUGACCCGGUGUCCGCUGGCAGCCGUAACCAUCGGGGACCGACAGUCUCAUACCAGGUGAAGCAGGGGACGUGCGAGGUGGUGGCCAUCCAUCGCUGCUGUAAUAAGAAUAAGAUUGAGGAGCGUUCUCAAACCGUCAAGUGUUCCUGUUUCCCCGGGCAGGUUGCUGGCACCACCAGAGCCAGACCCUCCUGUGUGGAAGCUUCCAUCGUAGCCCAGAAGUGGUGGUGCCACAUGCAGCCAUGUAUGGAUGGAGAGGAGUGUAAGGUCCUGCCGGACCUGACUGGCUGGUCCUGCAGCACUGGCAACAAAGUCAAAACCACCAAGGUCACACGAUAGCAAGAGAACCGCUGAGCCACUAGGAAACCUGAAACUCUCCAUGUGGGAAGGAUGGAUGACUCACACAUAUUUACUGUCCGAUGGGGAAAUUAUCAAGGAAAGGAUCGCUGUCAGGCUAUCCAUCACAAAACAAUGGGAUAAAAUGUACACAUCACAAACUACGUGCACUUGUCUACAUGGAGCCACAUGAAAAGCAUAUACAGUAUGCUGGUUGUUGAGAUCAACGGCCUACAAUCAUGGACACCCAGGGUACAUCUGGACACAAAUGGACUCUUAUUUUCCAAUAAUGGAUAAAGUGUGGAUUGAUCAGUUACAUUCACUGAUUAAGCAUUUUAAAGUAUAUAUUUCAACCAAGCAGUUGUGGAUGAGAGUGAGAUGUGAACUGAACGCUAUGCUUAGAGUGCUGCCGGACUUGCUGUCAACAUUUAGAGCUCAUACAGGAGACAAAUGGAGAUAAUCUGUGAGAAAUGAAAGAGGUAGCAGCUCAUAACUAGCAAAUAGCAAAUUAGCAUCAAAUUGCUCUUGUGGGUCAAGUCGCCACCAUGAAGACUGUUUUGCGGGAGUCAUUUUGCAGUUCUCAUUAGGAAUUGCAGUGUAGGAUCAUAACAACAUAUUAAAAAUUCAUGUAAGAUAUUUGCACUAGUUGAAAGCGUUUGGGAAUGUUUUGUUUUUCUAGAUAUCUCCCAUCUUUUGCUGUGGAUUUAACAUGAAAUUGAAGGUGAGCAUUUUGUAAAAUGUCUGACACUUGAAGUAGAUAAAUAUAUAUAUAUAUAUAUAUAUCACGCCCCAUUAUUCCUGAGUAGUUAUUGGUUAAAAUGUCCCAGAUUAUUGCGCCUCGCUUACAUACAGCUUGAUACAAUAUGAAGUAGCAAAGUGUGAUUCAUCUGUCUCAUUUUUGCCCAGAAACAUUUUCAAGCUCAGCCUUCAAAGUAAAAUAUCUUUGAUCUGUUAUAUUCAGUCUGUGACAUCUCUUAUGUUAAGUGUUAAAAGGAGGCCCAUAAAAUGUUCAAAUGAG